CGGGAAAAAUUCAAGAUGGCGGAUGAAUCGAAGAUUUGGGUGGAGAAACAACAAACUGUGCUUAAAAUACACCAAAAACUGAAGAAAGAAAUAAGUAAUAUUGCUAAUGCGAAGUCAUGGGAUAACGAAAAGAAGAAAGACUUCGAAAAAAGUUUAUUUGAGCUUUACAAGGACGCGAUUGAGGAAAGUGUCAAGAGAAAUGUGUCUGUUAAUGGGAAAGAUUGGGUGGAUGAACCGGCACAAGCAGCACACGAGACGACUUCGUGUCAAGAACAAAUGGAGCCCCUCAACGUUGAAAGAAAGAGAGAAGUGAAUGACAUGUGGUCAGCACUAGAAGAAUUGUUACGGGAAACGACAAAAAAGCGCAAGGAAUACCCUCCCCUUAUCACUGAAGCUGUGAAAAAUGUACUGCAGUAUAAAGUACAAAUAGUGGAUGCCUAUAAUCCAUCAUUAAAGACCGAUGCUAUUCAAUCCACUGCAGUUAAUAUAGCAGAAGAUGUUGAAUGUAAUCAAAGGCUAAAACAAGCAAUUGAAGACUUGACAGAGAUAUCAAAGGCAUUCCCUGAACUCCAGUCCAAACUGGAUAACCUUGGACAAGCCCUAGCAACACACAAGGCAAUGGAAUCUAGUGAGGUUGAUGCUGUCUUGUUCAGCAAAAACAAAACCAGCACACCAGUCUCUAGAUGGAGAAGCAGCAGAGUAUCUCGCACACCUAUUAGAUAUGUAAGCCCAAUGAAAACCAAUCAAGCUGGGAAAAGAAGUAUAAAAGAUAGAUUAUCACGGAGUAGUUCAUCUCACUCAUACAAGAAAAAGUAAUGAUUUAGUUUUAGUUUUCUCUAGAUUUUUUCAUGUCAAAUUGUGUAAAUAACCCUCCAUUAUGUACUAUGCAAAUGAAAAGAAAAAAAAGAGAAAAAAAGGUAUUACUUCCUUUUUGUCUUGCAGAUAAUUUUUCUGUGAGUUGUGGUCCCAGAAAAUUGUAUCCAUGUCUCCUUUCUUUGAAAGAGUUUUUUAAGAGUAAUUAUUUUUAUUAAACUGGAAAGAUACGAGCUGAAAAUUAAGUAAUUCAAGUGCUUUUUUAUGAAAGUUCCUAAGGACAAGGGAGAAUAACAUUGACCUAUUUGGGGGAAGAGGUGAAAAUAGCUGUUCUUAUUUUCCUUGACUUUUAAAGAAUUUUUAAAUACCAGAUAAAUUGAUGUUACCAGUAUUUUUUGUGUUUUCUGUAAUUUAUAGCAUCAUUAGUUUGAUGGCAAUAUGUUUCCUAGAUUGUGAAUUACUUUGUAACAACUGUACAUACACUACAUUGUAUUAUAUUAACUGUAGCUCGGAAAUAAAAGUGUUUUCUUAAAUAUA